CAUGUCAUGAGAAGUUCUCUCAUUGGGAGGUAGGGUGGAAUAGAUAGUCCAGAGCAGAGGUCAAUAAUAAUAAUAUCUAUUUAUACAACAGAUCUGAAGUAAAAACGAUAACGUCAUAGGGCAUUCCUCAAUUCUCCCAAGCUGCAUGCAUUUCGAAUGCUAAACCUCUUCAUGUAUUUCCAGUGGUCACCAUUUUGAGGUAGCAGGAGGACAUAGUUCAGAGGCUACAAAAAUGUAGAUGAAAGAGAAGAAACAGUUUUUUUGCCCUCAAAAUAAGUCGGAGUCAUUAAGCCUUGAUGUUUAUCUCCUAGUUUUCUACAUUGUAGAUUUCACAGUCCUGACCCACAGCGCUCAUUGGGCCGCUCCUCAGCCUGUCAUCGCAAAGUGGAUCAUCUGGGUCCUCAUGAAAGAUGCUAUGAUUUUGAAACCAGCAGGUCGCCUGGAGGCAGGAGGCUGGGCCAGCUCUCAGGACUCUGAAGACCUUGGAGGUGGUGUUAAGGAUACCGUGGUAGUCAAUGUUAUUUGAGCAGGGUCAGCAGGCCCUGGAGCUUCCUGAGUGCACGAUGCAGAAGGCCGCUUACUAUGAAAACCCAGGACUAUUUGGAGGCUAUGGCUACAGCAAAGCUACUGACACUUAUGGCUACAGCACUCCCCAUCAGCCCUACCCUCCCCCUGCUGCUGCCAACUCUCUGGACACUGAUUACCCGGGUUCUGCCUGCUCCAUCCAGAGCUCUGCACCACUUCGAGCUCCAGCCCAUAAGGGGGCUGAACUCAACGGCAGCUGCAUGCGGCCUGGCACUGGAAACAGCCAGGGUGGGGGUGGUGGCAGCCAGCCUCCGGGUCUCAACUCAGAGCAGCAGCCACCACAGCCCCCUCCUCCACCACCGACACUGCCUCCAUCCUCUCCCACCAACCCUGGAGGUGGAGUGCCUGCCAAGAAGGCCAAAGGUGGGCCCAAUGCUUCUAGCUCUUCAGCCACCAUCAGCAAGCAGAUCUUUCCCUGGAUGAAGGAGUCUCGACAGAACUCGAAGCAGAAGAACAGCUGUGCCACAGCAGGAGAGAGCUGUGAGGACAAGAGCCCGCCCGGCCCGGCCUCCAAGAGAGUGCGCACGGCGUACACCAGUGCGCAGCUGGUGGAGUUGGAAAAGGAGUUCCACUUCAACCGCUACCUGUGCCGACCUCGCCGAGUGGAGAUGGCCAAUCUGCUGAACCUCACCGAACGCCAGAUCAAGAUCUGGUUCCAGAAUAGGCGCAUGAAAUACAAGAAGGACCAGAAGGCCAAGGGCAUCCUGCACUCGCCGGCCGGCCAGUCCCCGGAGCGCAGCCCGCCGCUCGGCGGCGCCGCGGGCCACGUGGCCUACUCAGGCCAGCUGCCGCCGGUGCCCGGCCUGGCCUACGACGCGCCCUCGCCGCCUGCUUUCGCCAAGUCGCAGCCCAACAUGUACGGCCUGGCUGCCUACACGGCGCCGCUCAGCAGCUGCCUGCCCCAGCAGAAGCGCUACGCGGCGCCCGAGUUCGAGCCCCACCCCAUGGCGAGCAACGGCGGCGGCUUCGCCAGCGCCAACCUGCAGGGCAGCCCGGUGUACGUGGGCGGCAACUUUGUCGACUCCAUGGCACCGGCGUCUGGGCCCGUCUUCAACCUGGGUCACCUCUCGCACCCGUCUUCGGCCAGCGUGGACUACAGUUGCGCCGCGCAGAUUCCGGGCAACCACCACCACGGACCCUGCGACCCUCAUCCCACCUACACAGAUCUCUCGGCCCACCACUCGUCUCAGGGACGCCUGCCCGAGGCCCCCAAACUGACGCACCUGUAGCGGCCGCCGCGGGCCGGGACUCGCGGCGCGAUUACCUCUCUGGCUUUG